AUGAACCCUUACAUCAGCUGGGCGAUCUUACUCGUCGUGGCAGGUGGCCUCGGCUGGUACUACACUAAUGGCACAACCCCCAAGGCCAACGUGAUUCGAGCUGCCGUGGAGAAAACCGAGGCCACUGUAGCACCCAAGAAGUCAAAGCGCAAGUCUAAGCCUGCUCCCCAGCCGGCUGCCAAGAAGUCCGAGGUUCAGACCGUCGUGUCGCCUCCCACCACCGAAGAUGAGAAGCCGGACGAGGAAAUCGACCACAAGGAGAUGGCCCGCCGCAUGGCCGGCCUCAAGACCAACGCUCCUGCUCAACCCGCCCCCGCCAAGCCUGCUCCUACAAAGAGCCAGAAGAAGAACAAGAAGAAGGCUACCCAGCUCGAGACCAGCGAUACCCGUGCCUCCUCGACCACUGGCGCCGAGGCCGACGACGAUCUGUCUCCCGCCGCGUCUCCCGCGGUGAACGCCACUGUCCCCUCGGCCGGAUAUGUUUCCGACAUGCUGGAGGCCCCCGCCCCCGGUGCAUCUGUCCUCCGCGUCACUGGCAAUGUUGAGAACCAGCCCAAGAAGCAGAAGGUUCAGUCUUUCAAGGAGGUGGAGACCAAGAAGCAGCGCCAGCAGCGUCUCAAGAACGAGGCCCGCAAGCAGCAAGUUCAGGAGGCUGAAGUUGAACGCAAGAAGCUGCUUGAGAAGCAGUUGCACACCGCUCGCGAGGCUGAACGCCGCGAGGCUGCCCGAUCUACCGCGCCUGCUGCCAGCGCUUGGCAGACCAAGGAGACUGCUCCAGUGAAGACCAACGCAGUUAAUGGAUCCCGCCCCGCUCCCGCCCCUGCCACUUCCUCUCAGGUCCUCCUGGACACCUUUGAGUCCCCUGCUGUCCCUGCUCCUACCAAGUGGGCCCAGAACCUUCCCUCCGAGGAGGAGCAGAUGCGUCUCUUGGGAGCUGCCAAGGGUGAUGACGAAUGGACCACCGUCUCCAAGAAGCAGAUCAAGAAGAAGGGCGGCAAGACUGACGAGAGUGUCAGCGAGACCAGUGCCUCGGAGAACCAGUCCACUACCGUCGCUCCUGCCCCUGUUGAGCCGCGUGUGACAGUGACCCCAACCUACCUCCCUGACAUCCUGCGCUCUCGUGAGAAGGGCCACCCCUUGGAUUCUGACUGGGCUGCGUGA